GCCUCCGAUGUGGGGUACCCACUGUGACCCGUCUCCCUGACACCUAGGGGGUGGUGUAUUCCAAACCCUGCUGGGGUUUUGGCAGUUCUGAUGGACCCAGUGGAGUGUUGCCACCCAGUGGAGCCCAGAUGAGGAAGUUUCUUUGCUCAGAGGAAGAAGUGAAAAUUGAUUGGUAUUGCAUUAAAUCUUGCUCUCAUAUUUUACAAAGGCAGAACAGUGCAUUGUCUGCAGGUUCGAUUGUUGAAAGCUGACGGUUAAAUUUGAUAAACAGUAGUGCUUUGAAUACUUUGUGGUUGAUAGUGCAUAUCUCAACGUGGACAGGUGGGAAUGUUUUAGCUUCCUUGUUGUGCCUGAUUGAGGACUUGGGAAUCCACUGGCUGUAGCUCUGACUAAUGAUGCAUUUGACUCCAGUGCUUUCAGAGCUUUGGUAGCGGAGCCCUCUAGUUGGCUCAGUCACAAAUCCAGGGAAGCUUUGGCAGCAUGUGAAGCUCAGUCACAAAUCCAGGGAAGCUUUGGCAGCAUGUGAAGCUCAGUCACAAAUCCAGGGAAGCUUUGGCUGCAUGUGAAGCUCAGUCACAAAUCCAGGGAAGCUUUGGCUACAUGUGAAGCUCUGGAUGAUUUUAAUGCUAGCUUUGUCUAUCUGAAUGGACUAGAUCAAUUGCACACUUUGACUGCUUUUCAGACUUUUUUGCCUGAGACUGUUCAUACAACAAAUGUGCUACAGAGUCAGUGAUAUCAUGAUCGAGUCUGGUGUUGUAUGAGAUACAGCCUGCUAUAUAAGAGUCUGGUGUUGUAUGAGAUACAGCCUGCUAUAUAAGAGUCUGGUGAUGUAUUAGAUACAGCCUGCUAGCUAUAUAAGAGUCUGGUCUUGUAUUAGAUACAGCCUGCUAUAUAAGAGUCUGGUGUUGUAUGAGAUACAGCCUGCUAGCUAUAUAAGAGUCUGGUCUUGUAUUAGAUACAGCCUGCUAGCUAUAUAAGAGUCUGGUGUUGUAUGAGAUACAGCCUGCUAUAUAAGAGUCUGGUGUUGUAUGAGAUACAGCCUGCUAUAUAAGAGUCUGGUGUUGUAUUAGAUACGGCCUGCUAUCGAAGAGUCUGGUGAUGUAUGAGAUACAGCCUGCUAUAUAAGAGUCUGGUCUUGUAUUAGAUACAGCCUGCUAGCUAUAUAAGAGUCUGGUGUUGUAUGAGAUACAGCCUGCUAUAUAAGAGUCUGGUGUUGUAUUAGAUACAGCCUGCUAUAUAAGAGUCUGGUGUUGUAUGAGAUACAGCCUGCUAUAUAAGAGUCUGGUCUUGUAUUAGAUACAGCCUGCUAUAUAAGAGUCUGGUGUUGUAUGAGAUACAGCCUGCUAUAUAAGAGUCUGGUGUUGUAUUAGAUACAGCCUGCUAGCUAUAUAAGAGUCUGGUGUUGUAUUAGAUACAGCCUGCUAUAUAAGAGUCUGGUGUUGCAUUAGAUACAGCCUGCUAGCUAUAUAAGAGUCUGGUGUUGCAUUAGAUACAGCCUGCUAUAUAAGAGUCUGGUGUUGCAUUAGAUACAGCCUGCUAUAUAAGAGUCUGGUGUUGUAUUAGAUACAGCCUGCUAUAUAAGAGUCUGGUGUUGUAUUAGAUACAGCCUGCUAUAUAAGAGUCUGGUGUUGUAUUAGAUACAGCCUGCUAUAUAAGAGUCUGGUGUUGUAUUAGAUACAGCCUGCUAUAUAAGAGUCUGGUGAUGUAUUAGAUACAGCCUGCUAUAUAAAGAAUACACAGAAUUGUAAACAAUGUAGUAAAAAAAGAUAAUGGACUGUAUGAAUGUCAUCACUGUUUCAAACAGCCCUGCGUCUCAAAUUGCACCCAAUUCACUACGUAGUGAGCUAUUUUUGACCAAGUCCCAUAAGUCUCUGGUCAAAAGUAGUGCACUAUAUAGGGAAUAGGGUGCCAUUUGGGACAUAUAGAAUUAGAAAACGUAGAUAUGUUUUGUUGGCAGCUGGAUCAAAACAUGUACUUCCGGGAAUUUAUCCUGAAAUGUAGGUAACCUAAAAAUAGAAGGAGAAUGAGAUGAAAAAAAAAUGUGUAGGAGCUGAAGUAACAAAUGCUGAGGGGGUUGAGAUGGAGCGUAAGCCUGGAGCACAAUAAAUUCAUUGUUUUAUUUUUUCAAGUUUUCCUGGAAUCCAAUGUUCUCCAACCGUGAAUAAUCAAAUCCAUCUUUUUUUCCAGUGAGUACGUAGCGGCUCUAAACAACUGAAGAAAUGGCUGUCGUGAGUGGAACGUUCCGUAUGGUGUCAGAGGAGGAGCAGGCUCUCAGGGCCAAGCUUGAGCGCCUCACGGUCAAGGACCACGGUCCCGUGUUCGGACCCUGCGCCAAGCUGCCUGACCACACAGUGCAGAAGGCCAAGGAUGAGUUGAAUGAGACAGACGAGAAGCGGGCGUUGGCGGUCAAGGAGCUGAGGGGAAUAAUCAAGAAAACGGCGGAUGCUGGGGACGACCUGGCCAAGGGGGUGCUGGAAACCUUCAGAGAGAAGCCUGACGGCAUGCUGGUCCGCUUCAUCCGCGCCAGGAAAUACGACGUGCCCCGAGCCUUUGACCUCAUGAAGGGUUACGUGCGCUUCAGGAGAGACUACCCUGAGCUGUUUGAGAACCUGACCCCCGAGGCUGUCCGCAGCACCAUCGAGGCCGGCUACCCAGGCAUCCUGUCCAGCAGAGACAAGUACGGCCGUAUCGUGCUGCUCUUCAACAUCGAGAACUGGGACUACGAAGAGAUCACCUUCGACGAGAUCCUCCGUGCCUACUGUGUAAUCCUGGAGAAGUUGCUAGAGAACGAGGAGACUCAGAUCAACGGUUUCUGCAUCAUUGAGAACUUCAAGGGCUUCACCAUGCAGCAGGCCUCCGGCAUCAAACCCACUGAGCUCAAGAAGAUGGUGGACAUGUUGCAGGACUCCUUCCCUGCCCGUUUCAAAGCGGUCCAUUUCAUCCACCAGCCCUGGUACUUCACCACCACCUACAACGUGGUCAAGCCACUCAUGAAGGGCAAGCUGCUGGAGAGAGUGUUUGUCCACGGAGACGAGCUGGACAACUACUACAAGGAGUUUGACGCCGACAUCCUGCCUUCCGAGUUCAACGGCAAGAACUCCAAGUACGACGGCAAAGCCAUAGCAGCCAAGCUGUUCGACUGAACACCCCCUCCUCACCAUCCGCCACUCCUCCAACCAGACUGGGACCUCCACACAAAACACAGACAGAAACUAUGAAAAACAUAGGAGUGUGGCUUUAUUAGAAAAUAAUGUAAAAGAUGGGUGUGGUAUUGUACUGUUGUUGUUUUCCAAGAGUUAUUAAGUAUUAAACACCCAACAAAGCCCUCCCAACAGCACAGAGAGGACUAUAUAGCCUUGGCUCAGGCCUUACCUGAGACACUUAACAGCCCUAACCAUGGAGCUUUUCUCUGUGUAACCCAUGUCUGCAACCUGGACUCAGGGGUAGAGGUAACAUAGAGUAAAUGUAAAAAUGGGACUCUCCAAUUCGUAUGGUAUGGUAUGUAUUAAUUUGUGGAUGUCCAUCAUACAUUUCGUGUGAUAUGUUACGAAUUACAAAUUGUAUGAUAUGUUACGAAUUCCAAUUUGUUGUGGCUAUCGUUAGCUAGGUGGCGAACACUAAAUUUAGCUGGGUGGCUAACGUUAGCUAGGCUAGGGGUUAAGGUUAGGAGUUAGGUUAAAGGGUUAAGGAUAGGGUUAGGGGAAGGGUUAGCUAAUAUGCUUAGUAGUUGCAAAGUAACAUGCUAAUUAGCUAAAAUGCUAAUGUUGUCCGUGAUGAGAUUGGAACAUACAACCUGUGGGUUGCUAGACGUUCACGUCAUACGCCACCCAUCCACUCUGACCAAUCGCCCUACAGUAACCUUCUGUCUUAUGUAACCAUACCAAACUUAACAUAUAUAUAUAUUAAUAUAUAUCAUACAAAUUUGAGCUUCGCGGAUUUACAUUUACUAUGUUACAUCCAAUCUAUGAGACCAGGCUGAUCCUCAGGGUGAUACAAGGCCAUGAAUCAAACAAGUGCCUGUCUCUGUUUGUUUUUGACCGAGCUUAGAGAUGAAUAUCAGCACUUUUAUCCUCUGUGGAUCAAUGCAGAGGCAUGAGCAUGUCACCACAAUGUGGACAAUAAACUGUGGGGAACGAACGAUGAAGGAUGAACAUUUCUGUUCACCUUGGUUUGCAGGAUAUUAGCACACAAACACAGGUUAGCAAGGCAUACACAAUAAAAUCCCCCUCCCCACCCAUAACUGUAUUGUGUUGUGCUCACCCUAAUUUAACCCUAACCAAAAAACACAUGUGAUGACUUAAUACAUCAUGCCAAGUUGGGAUUCUACACUCUAACGACAUCAUUGUACAUCUAUAAGUGUUGUAAACAAAACAAAGGAAAAAGACAAACAGAGGAAUAAUUCCAUAGGGAAAGAUGAGGGGGCGGGGCUAGUUAUGUUAUGACCUUAGUUACAUUUACAUUACAUUUUAGUCAUUUAGCAGACGCUCUUAUCCAGAGUGACUUACAGUAGAGUGCAUACAUUUUAUUACAUUUUACAUACCGUAAUUGCUGGACUAUUAAGCGCACCUGAAAAUAAGCCGCACCCACUGAAUUUAAUUUUUUUUUUUUUUUUGUACAUAAAUAAGCCGCACGUGUCUAUAAGCCGCAGGUGCCUACCGGUACAUUGAAACAAAUGAACUUUACACAGCCUUUAAACGAAACACGGCUUGUAACAAAAAUAAAUAGGCUUUAACGAAACACGGCUUGUAACAAAAAUAAAUAGGCUUUAACGAAACAGGCUAGUAACAUUUUUUUUUUUUUAAAUAGCAGUAAACAAUAGCCUACCAAGAAAGUCCUUGGUCACUAUCUUCCUCCUGUGCACUGAAACCACUGAAGUCAUCUCCUUUGGUGUCGGAGUUGAAUAGCCUCAGAAUUGCUUCAUCCGAUGUUGGAUCGUUUUCAUUGCGCUCUCCUCACUUUCAUCCGGAGGCAAACUCAUCCAAGCCUCAUUUUCUAGUUCGGGCCAUCUGCUUUUCUUUCCUCUGAAAACUUUUGUUGUCUUUUUGCACUAAGUCAGUUUCUCACGCUGCUGUUUCCAACGUCUUAUCAUCGACUCAUUAAGGCUCCUGUGCAGCAGCACUAUUUCCUUUUCCAACAGCCAGAUCGAUCGCCUUCAAAUUGAAAGCUGCAUCAUAUGCAUUUCUCCGUGUCUUUGCCAUGAUGAGGGUGACAAAAUGACUACCGUAAUCAGAAUGAUGGAAAGUUUGAGCGCACUCGAUUUACGUCACAUUAUGUGACAGUGCUCAGUUUUUUGGCGGCAUGAAUUUGUGAAAGCGGGAAAAAUCCAUAAAUUAGCCGAGUCAUUGUAUAAAGCGCAAGGUUCAUAGCGUGGGAAAAAAGUAGCGGCUUAUAGUCCGGAAAUUACGGUACUGAGACA